AAUGAUGGCUUUCUACGGCUUCACGAACUGUAGCCGAAAUAAGGAGUCGGGUAGCAGGUUUCGGCAGUUGUAACAAACCCAGCUCUACAGCACCGUGGAAGUGGCAAAAGCUACCAAGAACAGAGCCAGCUGCUGCGGAUCUUGGCGUCAUAAAGGAACAUCUGUUGCUCCUGAAGGAAAAUGACCACAGUUGACUCAUCGACAUCUGGUAUCGGGCUGCUGAGACACCUGCCAACAGACAGCUGGAUGUCUCAGUUACCAGAAGCCCUGUGGGAUGUGCCUCUUUACAAUCUGGCUAUUCCAGGAACCCACAACAGCAUCACUUACUGCCUGGAUAAAAACAACAGGUCGCCAGUUGAUCACACUCAACCAGACAUGUUAAAGAAGCUGGACAAAAUCAUGAAGCCCCUAAUCCGUCCAUUUGUAUACAAGUGGGCUAUAACACAGGAAUCCAGUGUGAAAGAGCAGCUGGAUGGUGGAGUGAGAUACUGUGAUCUGAGGAUUGCUCACAGGCCCAAUGACAGCUCCCUGGACCUGUACUUCUACCACGGGGUAUACACUACAGUCACUGUGGAGGCUGUCCUAAAGGAGAUCAGAGAGUGGCUGGACUCACACCCAAGAGAGGUCAUUAUCUUGUCCUUCAGCCACUUCCUCGGUUUGACCCAAGAGCUCCAUGCUCACCUCGUCAACACAAUACAGAGCAUAUUCGUCGCAAAACUCUGUCCGAAAACUGAGAAUGUGACGCUGAGAAACCUCUGGCACUUAGGGUACCAAGUGAUAGUCUCGUACGACCACCACAUCAUGAACACCACAGACGAGCUCUGGCCACACAUCACAUACUGGUGGGCCAACAAAUGCAAAGCGGAGACACUGAUUGAGGAGUUUGAGAGGAAGAAACAGCAUGGACGACCAGGAGGCUUCUUUGUGGCAGGUAUAAACCUGACAGAGGAUCUGAAGUAUAUUUGUUCUCACCCCACUGAGUCUUUGAAAGACAUGGUCAUGUCCACAUACCCUGUGCUGCUGCAGUGGGUGGAGAGCCAGGCUCCUGGACCUCAGGGAAACUGUAUCAACAUCAUUGCUGGAGACUUCGCCACAGAGGGCCAGCUGGUGCCGGCGGUGAUCGCCUUGAACGAAAGUCUUCUAAGUGGGGCGUCUUGAUGGCACACUGAGAGCCCAUGAACACCUUUUUGUAAAAUCAAAACCCAUGUGAGAACUUAAGGACACCAAUAUUAUUUUCAGACUCCUACUGAUUUGAAGAACUAAUCGGUUUACUGCAUGUGUAUUCCAAAGCAUAUUACUGAAUUCGAAGGAAUAAAUUAUUCAGGGGCAAGAACACAGUGAGCUCGGCAUAAAUUAAAGACUAUUUUUAAGAAAAAACAGGACGGUUCUUUCACCAGUCUAUUAUUUAACCACAUACCUCAGCGCUCUUUGAAUUCUACGCUUGCCAAAGUCUCAACACUGGCUUUUACAUGGGCAACAAAUAAAAGGUUGCUCCUCAGGAAAACACAGGGCUUGCAAGCUUUCCUGUGGACUCGGAGAGAAGCAGGCUUCUGUCUGAGCUACUCAUGGUCUUCUGUCAGAAAAACACAGGAAGAAAGACCAUGAAAGUCUUCCUACAGCUGCUAGUUAAUACAGUGCAAGCAUGUUCUUUGAGGAUCAUGUCGACUGGACAGAGCGUAUUCUUGUAGCAUGUUAGUUUGCAACAGGGCACUGUACAACAGAGGACUGGUAGUCAUUAGGUGGGACUCGAAUGAAUGAACACGUAUUCCUAAAAGUAUAUGUCUGCACGAGCUUCAAUUUUAAAAUAUUUUGAAAUUCUAACAUUUCCACCAAUGAAAUGUUAUUCAGUGCACUGAACAUAUUUAAACCAAGUAUCAUAGUGCAGAAUGUUCUAAAGAAAAUCCUGCAUGACCUCUGGUCUUCAGCAUGUGGCAUGUAGCAAGUUCUGUCUGUUUUGGGAAUGCAAAAGCCUUGAAGAGCAUCUUUUGACGAGCAUCCUGGUUUCCAAAUAUUUAUUAUUUAUAUAAUAUUUAUUCUCUACUAAUCCCAAUACUUUACAAAUGAUGACAGACCAUACCUCACCAGAGAUUUGCUUUGCUUUUUAGGGAACAUAGGGUCAAAGAUAACUCCUGUUAACAAUGUUCGGUGUUUUUUUUUUUCAGAAGCUUGCUCUUUGUCUUGACAUUGCAAGCAUGCAGUAGUUUGGAUAGUAACUCUGAAUAAAACACCUUUAAUAGAUCAUUCUAGGAUGGCACAGGAGACCUGUCUGCUGGCUGCUUUCUGUUCCUUCCCCUUAUUGCCAGUGUCUUUUGUGGCCUUUGAUCAACACUGCAUGAUGUAUGUAGAUGAUAAGCCAGAAGAGGCCGUGUCUUGAAUGUAGUUACACAUUGUAAUAUUCAUUAAUAUUCUCAAGUGCAGCUAAAAAUGAUGUUUUAGGAGCUUUUGGCUUCCUUCCCCUGGCAUCACCUGAGCCAGAUCCCAGAUGCCAGGGUGUGUGUGGAGGAGGGCAAGAUGGGAUAUGGGUAGAGGCUGGAGAGCUGCCGUUGAGGCAGUGAAAUUCUCAUCACAAGACACUUCUGAUUUGACUUUCAGGGCUCUUUGAGAAGACUCUUCGCUGUUGGUGGGGGAAGGGGGUGGGAUUUGGGGCAGAGAUGUGGAAAUGUUGUAUUGCUGUAAUUUGUUAUGGUUUUGAAAAGACAGAGAUUAAUUAAAAAAAAGUUUCAAAGA